AUGUUCACACCAAGAAAUGGAGAUCGCAUUGAUGUUCCAAAUCUUCUUGUGGUUGUCACGGACGGCCAAUCAAACAUCAACAACCAUGAAACUAUCCCUGAGGCAAGACUAGUCAAGUCCACUGGAGCCACAAUUGUGACUGUGGCCAUAGGUAUUCAGGACAACAGUGAGCUGCAAGGUCUGACAUCCCCUCCUGUGCAAGACAAUAUCAUUGAGGUGACUGAUUUUGAUGACCUGCAUACAUUGUCACAUUUCAUUGUGGCACCUCUUUGUACAGACGCCAACCUGUGUGACCGGAACCCAUGCCAGAAUAGUGGUCUCUGUGUUGACAGCCUUCGAUCAUACAUGUGCAUUUGUUUGAGUGGGUUCUAUGGAGAAAACUGUGAAAAGUUAUGCGGUCCACCAGCUGAUGUUGUGCUGAUACUUGACUCAUCGUCUUCUGUUGGUGCCUCCAACUUUGAUGCUAUCAAAUCCUACGCCCAAAUGUUGGUCAGAGAGAUGAACAUCCAGUCCUGCAGCAUCAACAUAGGCAUCAUCAAGUACAGCUCUGCAGCAAUGGUCCAGCUGAAUCUCGGCACCCAGACCUCAGAAGCGGCUGUCUUGAGAGUUAUCCAGGAUAUCAGCUACACCCCAGGGAGAUCAAACAUGGCUGAAGCUCUGAGAGUAGUCCGUACACAGAUGUUCAGUCGUAGAAACGGAGACAGGUAA